CGGCUGUAGCUGUACGGGAGCCGGGAGGUCUCGGGUAGGGGUGGGUUGGGGCGGGAGGUCUCGGCUUCGUCCACGGCGCUGGUAGCGAGGAAGGUUGCGACGGGGCGGAAAUGUGGCUCCGCUCCCGCCCUGCCUCGCCGCUCCCGCCUCCCACCGGGCACCAGUGACCGCCCGCCAGCAUGAGACCCGCCGCCGAGCCGCCUAGCCAGCGCCGCGCUCUGAGGGUGAGGCAAGGCUGUGUUGAUUUCAGGUGCACUCUACACAGACUGAAUUCCGGUUACCUCGACAGAAGUAUUGCCUCAGAUACAUUGAGGGAAAAUUGCUGAAGUGUGGACUGCUGCCUUGAUACUGUAAAUCUGCAAUAAAGGUGGCAAUGUCGAGAGUCCCCACCCCUCCACCACCUGGAGAGAUGUCCAGUGGACCUGUGGCCGAAAGCUGGUGUUACACACAGGUUAAAGUAGUAAAAUUUUCCUACAUGUGGACCAUUAAUAACUUCAGUUUUUGCCGAGAAGAAAUGGGUGAAGUUUUAAAGAGUUCUACAUUUUCAUCAGGGCCAAAUGACAAAAUGAAGUGGUGCCUGAGAGUAAACCCAAAGGGUUUAGAUGAUGAAAGCAAAGACUACCUGUCAUUAUAUUUGCUUUUAGUCAGUUGUCCAAAAAGUGAAGUCAGAGCAAAAUUCAAAUUUUCUCUUCUGAAUGCUAAAAGAGAAGAAACAAAAGCAAUGGAAAGCCAAAGAGCAUAUCGAUUUGUGCAAGGCAAGGAUUGGGGUUUUAAAAAAUUUAUCCGAAGAGAUUUUUUACUUGAUGAAGCUAAUGGUUUGUUACCAGAUGACAAGCUUACAUUAUUUUGUGAGGUAAGCGUGGUCCAAGACUCAGUAAAUAUAUCAGGACAGUCUAAUACAAACACUUUGAAGGUACCUGAAUGUCGACUAGCAGAAGAUUUAGGGAAUCUCUGGGAAACCACAAGAUUUACAGAUUGCAGUUUUUAUGUAGGAGGACAAGAAUUCAAAGCUCAUAAGUCUGUCCUUGCAGCUCGUUCACCAGUUUUUAAUGCAAUGUUUGAACAUGAAAUGGAGGAAAGCAAAAAGAAUCGUGUAGAAAUAAAUGAUGUAGACCCUGAGGUUUUUAAAGAAAUGAUGAGAUUCAUUUACACAGGGAAAGCACCAAACCUUGACAAAAUGGCUGACAACUUGUUGGCAGCUGCAGACAAAUAUGCACUGGAACGGCUGAAGGUCAUGUGUGAAGAGGCACUCUGUAGUAACCUCUCAGUAGAAAACGUUGCUGACAUUCUUAUCCUCGCAGAUUUGCACAGCGCAGAACAGUUGAAAGCACAAGCAAUAGAUUUUAUUAACAGGUGCAGUGUUCUUAGACAACUUGGGUGUAAAGAUGGGAAAAACUGGAAUAGCAACCAAGCAACAGACAUAAUGGAAACAGCAGGCUGGAAGUCCAUGAUCCACUCUCAUCCUCACUUAGUGGCAGAGGCCUUUCGAGCGUUAGCAUCUGCACAGUGUCCACAGUUUGGCAUUCCACGCAAACGGCUAAAGCAGUCAUGAAAUCUUCCAUGAACUUUAGAGAAACUGAAAUGACUCUACUCCUCCAUGUCCAGAGGUGUUUUCACAAACCAUAACAAGAAUUUUUGUUAUCCUUGUCCACAGAACAGAAGCUGAAAAAGCCUAUUGUUUGCUUUUCAGUUGGAUAAUUUAUGGUUUAAUCCUCAGCUUUAAAUUAGACUGAUUACUCUCUAAUUCACUGAAAGGCCUUAAAUUAUCUUCAAUGACUCUCUAGUCCAUAUAGUCUAAUGUAUCUUGAUUUUUUUUUUAUCGUGCCUUGUCUUUUUGACUAGGCUAUGCAGGAUUGCACUAGCUCCAUAAUGCAGUAAAGUUGAUAACUGAAGAUUAACUUUUGAAAGGGAUCUUCCAUUAUUUAAAAAAAAAAAAAAUGAAGAUUAUAGUUUGGUUCUGUGCUAACUGGAAGGUUUCAACUAGACUCUCAUUAAAAGCACUUGAACUGAAGGCACAUAAUGUGCCCCCAGUCCAAGUACAAUGCAUAGGGAGAACCAGUUUACUUACAGAGGAUGCCAACAGGCUGUUAAUGGCAAUAUAUUGCUUUGAACAUAAUUUAUUUUUCAUUGUGGGGGCAAAUAUGCAAUGGUUUGGCCCAAAAAUGUAUUUUCAAUAUAGUUUGUAAUGCCUAUUGUGUGUAUGUCAAAGCUGUCCAACAAGCGUUUAAAAAGAAACACAUAAUAAACCUUUUGCCUGUGUUUCUUUAUGGUCCAUCGCUAGUUUACAUUUAAUGGAGAAUAGGGUGAGAGGUAAAGAUUUUUCUGUGAAGAGAGAAUAGUAUUGUAUUUGAAAAAAAAUUAUUUAUAUCCCACAUGUAUGGUUACAUAGAAAAGUAAAGGAUGCAUAGAAUGACCAAAUGUAAAUUUAAGAAAUGGGCCAAAUGGAUUCUGAAUAUGCACUUUUAAUGCGUAACUUUUGUAUGUUGUGUGGUACAUAUAUAUUUUGCUUUUGAUGAAUUAAUGAGGUACAGGUAAUUGUGGCGUAACUUUUUAAAUACAUUUUAAGAUGCCCACAGCCACAUGGGAUUUAGUUUUGUUAUUAUGAACAAGAAAAGCAUGUCUUUGAAGACUUAAUUGAACGUGAAUAUUGUAAACUCUCAUGUUCUAUGUUGAAUAUUUUCACAUUUUUGAGAAGGGCAUGUGAAUGACAAAACAAAACUUUGGAAAGAGGGUCUGUUCUCCACUCAACAUGUGUGCACAAUUUCCAUUCACACCAGUGGAAGUAACAGAUGGUAGGAAGAAUAGGUCCCUGAAAUGUCAGAUAGUAUUUGCAAGCAUAGACUUGCUUUUUCUAGCAUUUCAGUUAUUGUACUAGCAUUGUGGAUGGUAUUGAAAUUCUGCAUAAUGUGAAAAGGAUGAAACAUUUGUAAACUGCUUAUCAUGGGCCAGUUCUUUAUUAUAUGAACCUUAGCUUUAAUACCAACAUUUUCAGUGUUUGAUAGCUUUGUUUACAACUGGGGGGGAAAGCUGCAGUAGUGCACAUUCUAAAUGUUUCCUGAGUUAUAACAUUGAAUUUACUGUAAGGGUAAUAAUAUGCUAUAUCUGUUGUUUGGCAAGAUUGCAUUUAACAGUGGGAAAUGGGAGGAGAUCUCACUGUAAUUUAUAAACAUAUUAAGAUAAAGACUUCAGUUUGCCUGUAGACUUACAUGAAAAAUGAAAUUUAAGAUUUACCUUCUGAAAAGAUAUCUCCUUCCUAAUUUCUUUAAGAGUUCUCUGAAUUAAUCCUAAUGACGUUUUAGGAGGGUAAAGUAUAUAUGCUUUUAUAUUUUGUUACCAAGUAAACCUUUAGCAUAGACCAACCAGAAAUAAGUGCCCAGUCCAGUUUUUAAAAAAACAAACUUCCAAAUGCUUGCACACACUGUGUUUGAACUAAAUCUUUAUGUGGCUUGAAUAUAAAAUCAGAAGCAUUCUUAGACAAGUGUCUGAACGGUACAGGGGGCAUCUUACCGGACUCUAUCUAUGGAGCAAUUUAUCAUUUAUCAAUUUUUCUUUAAAUAUUUACCUAUAUUAAGAUUUUGUAAGCAUUCUUCAUGAUAGGGUUUAUAAGGAUCCUUGUUCCCUCCAAAAUAGUGACAUUUUUGUUGCAGUGUGUAUAACAAAUUAGAACUAAUAUAUUCGUACUCAUCAUGAACAAGCUUGCUGUUGAAACUUGCAGCUCUAAUAUACAAAGUGACUUGAAUAUUUAAUACUGUAAUUAUGAUUGUCCAGUUCAGCUUGUUCUAAAUUACAACAUACCGCUAUCUAAUGCGAAGCUUAAGGAUUUUGUUCUGAAGAUUUUUUUAAAAGCAUAAUAGCACACUUUGUACCAAAAAAUGUCAAACACUGUGCUGUAAGAAUAUCUACAUUUGUGGAAAUGUCCAUUUUUCCAGUAAGGCAGAGCACACCAUACAUUACAGUAAUGGAAAAUCAUGACAAUUCAUCUGCUUAUAUUUGGUUUAAUUUAUGUAUAAUUUUAAGUUUUGUCCGCUCUUAAGAAAAAGGUAAAACAAUUGCUGUAUUCUUAAGUGUGCACUAAUUAUUCACCUCAUUCUUGGUUGAACCACAUGCAGUGUUCUCACUGGACCCAAAUAAAUAGCUGGUAAGAACAACUUUCUCCUUUA